CUUGGAACCCCAACAAAUCGGCUAGCUGGCCAGUCCCCCGUCAAAACCUUGUUUUUACCAAUGUUAAUGGAACUAAAGUGUUUUAUAGCAAGUAUUCAUAUCCUCAAUUUGUCGAUAUCAGUCCGGAGUCCCAGUGCGGGAUCAGUUGAAGUGUCUAACGGUCGAUUGUUUGUGUUAAUGGCUGGAACUCCUCACGAGCGCUGGGGCAGUCAGGCGGAGUACUUGCUAUCAUGUCUCGGGUACGCAGUAGGCAUUGGCAAUAUUUGGAGAUUCCCUUACUUGUGUUAUCGGAAUGGAGGAGGAGCAUUCCUCAUACCGUAUUUCCUCACAUUGGUUAUUUGCGGCAUCCCACUUGUUUAUUUAGAGACAACAUUGGGACAGUUCGCUAGCGCCGGAUGCAUAUCAGUUUUCAAUCUAAACCCGUUAUUUAAAGGAGCAGGUUAUGCGGUCGUAAUACUAAACGUCAUAGCUGUGGUGUACUUCUCAUCCAUCAUGUCAUAUCCAGUGCUGUAUAUGUAUCACUCGAUGAGUUCCCCCUUGCCUUGGCAAAGUUGUGGCAAUUCCUGGAAUACGGACAAGUGCACCGAGAUUAGCGGUAAUUCAAGUUUUUUUAGCUCGAAUGGGACCAUCACGACGCCGGAGGAUGAGUUUUUCCACCAUCGUCUUUUGAGAAUGUCACCUAGUAUCAAUCAAAUCGGCGGUAUCGUAUGGCCUGUGUUCUGGUGUAACGUAAUUUGUUGGAUCAUCGUGUACCUCUGCAUUUGUAACGGUGUCAAGAGCGUUGGAAAGAUUGUAUACUUCACGGUUAUAUUUCCUUACGUUGUGCUCACUGCGUUAUUUAUUCGCGGCGUCACGUUGCCUGGCGCUUGGAAGGGCAUUUUGUUCUAUAUCCUGCCGGAUUGGGGGCAAUUGAAGAAGCCGAAAGUAUGGGCAGACGCAGCUACGCAGAUAUUUUACUCGCUUGGACCUGGAUGGGGAGGUCUAGUCAGUAUGGCUAGUUUUAAUAAAUUCCAUUACAAGAAUCUAAGGUCUUCAGUAAUUAUUCCACUGGUGAACAGUGGGACAAGUAUUUGGGCAGGUUUUGUGGUGUUCUCCGUGCUGGGCUUUGCAGCGGAGCGGUCAGGGGUGCCAGUUGGUGAAGUGGCCACAGCAGGCCCUGGGCUAGCCUUCGUGACCUAUCCAGCCGCAGUCACCAUGAUGCCAGCGCCAAAUCUGUGGGCUGUCACUUUCUUUGUCAUGUUGUUCUUCCUGGGCAUUGAUUCAAUGUUCGUGACAAUAGAGUCUAUAAUAGCGGGAAUAGUUGACGAAUUCCCAGCGUGCCGCGCACGGAAAAAACUCAUCACUUUCCUCACGUGUUUGGUGCUAUUUAGCCUUUCAAUCAUCUGCAAUACUGAGGGAGGUCUUCACGUAAUUGGUCUACUGGACACCCACGUGGCCAUAGCCUGUGUACCAGUAGUCUGCGGCUUGGAGAUCAUAGCUGCAGUGUAUACUUACGGACCAAGGAGGUUGGCAGCUGAUGUCCUGUUCAUGACUGGACAGCCUUUGGGAAAAAUGUGGAUGGUGCUGUGGAGAUACAUUCUGCCCGUCAUUUUGUUGGUAAUUACAGUAUACUGCCUAAGAGAAGCCUCAGGGUUAGCAGGCUGGUGCGUGGCUCUCGUAUCAGUCAUCUGCAUACCAAUCCACGCAAUCAAACUGCUCCUCAGUUCAAAAGGAACAUUCAUACAGCGCAUUCGUGACAACUGCCGUCCAAGCAACGACUGGGGUCCCGCGGAUCCAGAAAUGCGACACCUGUGGAAAGCUGCCAUUAACAAACAAAAUAACCAACACGUUAAACUGAAUAAUAUUGAUAAAGUAUAAGAAUAAAAUAAACUUAAGACAUU